AUGGUGAACUCUACUCACAUUUCAUAUUUCAUACUGACUGCAUACUCUGACACAGGUUUUUUUAAAUACCUUUAUUUCCUGAUCAUUCUUGCUUUGUAUAUUUGUAUUAUAGGUGCCAACGUGUUGCUGAUUGUGGUUAUCUGUGUGAACAGGAGCUUACAUGAACCUAUGUACCUUUUUCUGUGCAGCCUGUUUGUAAAUGAACUGUGUGGUAGUACAGGGUUGUUUCCAUUCCUUCUGGUUCAGAUCCUCUCUGACAUUCACACUGUUUCUGCUCCGCUCUGCUUCCUGCAGAUUUAUUCUCUGUAUACAUAUACAGGUAUACAAUUUACUAAUUUGUCCACCAUGUCUUAUGACAGAUAUCUUGCUAUCUGUUAUCCUCUGCAAUAUAACACUCGUAUGACUUCUAACAGGGUUGCCUUUCUUAUUGCUCUUACGUGGCUGUUUCCACUUAUUGCCAUUUUGAUUUUGAUUUUUCUGACUGUUCCUUUAACGCUGUGUGGGAACAUCAUUAACAAAGUUUACUGUGAUAACUUCUCCAUUGUUAAGCUGGCCUGCUCUGACACUACAGUCAAUAAUAUAUAUGGACUAAUUAUAACUUUUUUCUUAAUAAUGUUUCCUGUUUCUCUCACUUUGAUCUCGUACAUGAGGAUCCUCAGAGUGUGUUUCUCUGGCUCCAAACAGACCAGACAGAAAGCUCUCAGUACCUGCACACCUCACCUCGCUUCCCUGCUCAAUGCUUCUUUUGGAUCUUGCUUUGAAGUAUUACAGAACAGAUUUGCUAUGAAAUAUGUGCCGAAUAUGCUGCGCAUUUUAUUAUCCCUGUACUUUCUAACAUGCCAGCCUCUCUUUACCCCAGUCCUGUACGGGCUGAAGAUGACUAAAAUCCGCAUCAUAUGUAAGCGCCUGUUGUACGGAGAAGUGUAG